AUGUUCAUCCGUCUUAAUAUUCAACAUGAUAUAAAUGAGUUUUAUAAAACAUUAAACGAUGAUCCAAAUGAUGAUCCAAAUGAUAUAUCAACUUCAACUUCAACAACAACGAAAAAAACAAAACUUUCAUUAGCAUCUAUAAGUUGUAUCGAAUCUCAUCGAUGUGGUUGUUAUAAAGGUUAUUGUUGGGCAUAUAUUGAUGAAUAUCAAACACCAACUACUGGUUGGUGGUGUUUUACACAACAAGAUGGUGUACGUGGUAAACAAAAAUUAUGGGCAACAUGUUCAAAUAGUAGUCAAUGUUUAUGGACAAUGACUUGUGGAGAUUGUUAUACUUAUGUUGGAAAAAGAACGGGUAUCAAAACAGAUAAACUUCUUUGUUAA